AUGUCCUACCCACGCGUCACACUCAGCGCUACCCCGUCCCACUCCCGCGGCGACCUCCUCGCAAAACUCAACUCGUUCUUCCGGGAUGCCCAAACGGACUCCCCACCCUCCCCCCAUAAAUUCGACGCCUGGUUCUUCGCUCUCACCAUCGAUGACCGCGCAACCGUCCACGAUAUCCUCCAACCGCUGCACACCAACUGGCCCAGUCAAGUUGAAUACCCCAAUGUUAUUGCACUGGUGCACUGGUUGCGUGAGCACCGUGCUGAGUACCUUGCAGAGCGAGCUGCUGCCGUUGCGAAUGGUGUCGUGACGCCGGAGGUAGAGGGAGGAGACGAGAACUUGACAGUGGAGGGGGUCUUGAAGAUGAUUGAACAAGUCUUGGCAGCUCAUCUGGAACAAGCUGAGGCUGCGCCUACCGUACCUGAGCCUGAGCCACCCGUUCCUGAACCUACCUGCCCUGGAGGUAUCCACGAGGAGCCGCAGCCGCAGCCCAUUCAUCCUCGCCAGGAGCCUGUUCAUGGAAUGGAUGUCUUGGCCGUUCUCGUCAUGGUCUUGGCUCCGGCAUGCUUGGUACGUCUCCUGAUGAUCUUGUUUCUGUUCACGGUUCUCCGACAGGCCUCUAAUGAACAACUUACAACAACCACCAAUCUCAACAACACAAUACCAAUAAUGUCCAACAACAACAACAACACUACUCCCGCCAGCGACGCCACCAUGGCCGAGCGUCUAGCCUACUACGAGAAGUCCUGCAAGCGAGCAGAGAAGCGCAUCGAGAAGAAGAAAGCCCUCGUCGCCAAGUUGGAGGAGGAAUAUGCGGCUCUUCAAGAGCAGCUCACCGAAGCCAGGCUUGCACCGAAUCUAGACAUGGAGCGCAUCGAAGUCCUGGAUGCGGCGAUCAAAGCGAACAAUGCAGAGCUUGAGACUGAGGCUGGGCGACACGAGCAACUGUGCGAGGACUACCAGAAGCUGAUCGACAUGAAGAAUGGGUCGGAGGCGGAGUUUAUCGCUCGUGUCACGGAGUAUAUGGAUAAGGAGCCGGAGCGUGACGGUGGCGAUGGCGAGGACGGAGAAGGACAAGGAGAGGGCGAGGCUGCCUAG